AUGGCCCCAGUCACCAUGGAAGAGCAGUUUCAGUUCCUCCUGAGCUGCAUUCGGUUCUCAAACAGCGGCAAGAUUGAUUUCAACCAAGUCGCCAAAGAAUGCAGCAUCAUUAGCAAGGGUGCUGCUGCAAAACGCUACGAACGUCUCAUGAAAGCACACGGUAUCAACCCAUCUGGAGGCACUGUAUCUACUCCUGCUGGAAAUAAAUCCGGGAAGAAUAGCGGCGUUGGCGAUGGCAAUGAAAAUGCCUCUCCAGGAAAGAAUAAACACUCUGAGGCAAAACGCAAAGCAACCACGACCCCGUCCCCAAUCAACUCUUCGCCCAAGAAGGCCAGACUGAUGAAGAAAUCGGCGGUGAUGUGUGCGCAGGAUCUAGUAGAACAGAUGGCUGGCUCUGAGAAGGAGACUAAAUCCCAUGGUGAGAGCGAGGAUGAUUUGCCUUUGUUCGAUGUGUAA